CCGUAGUUCUUCAUGUCUGCUCUCAAGUUUGCAGUUUCUGCGCUAAACCGCGAGAAACCUCAUUCAUCUAUCACCGACUGGGUAGACAUUCUCACCUCACCUUCAUAUAAUGAUGAGGCGUAUGAUGGAAUCCCUGAACUAGUAGAAUCAAUUGCGCUACAACCAACAGGAACUCCAGAAGCAUCCAGAGCAAUACGGAAGAAGCUCAAGCAUGGAGAUGCACACCAUCAGUACCGCGCACUUGUUAUACUGAAAGCACUUGUCGAUAAUGGUCCUCAGAAAUUUCGAACCACGUUUGCCGACGGCCAGCUGAUUGACGCCAUAAAGCAGCUCGCAGCUGAUCCAACGACGGAUCAGAAAGUUAAGAAGAAGCUCGUGGCCAUUCUUGCAUCAUGGCAUUCCCAGUUCAAGGAUGAUCCAUCAAUGUCUGUUGUUGCAGGUCUCUUUAGACAAUCUCGUUCUGCAGAUCGUCGCAGCCAAGGAUACUCAAAUAGUGCAGAUCCACUCAGUCAUGGGCCAACAUCCGACUACGAAAGGAAAAUGAAAGAGAGGGAUGAGAAAGAGCUAGCGAAACAACGAGCUAAGCAGGAGAAGCACGAAGCCAAGCAAAGGGCACGUAAAGCGGAGGAAGACGCAAGGAAGAAGAAGAGCCGGUCCCGUCGAGCCCCCUUCGACUUUGAAAUUGAGAAGCCCCAAAUACUGACAACCAUCGCUAACGCAAGUCAAGCAUCUAGUAACCUGGUGAAUGCCAUAAUGCUAGUGAAUGGCGAGAAAGAAAGCGUAGUCUCAAAUGAGCGCGUGCAGGAGUGUCUCGGGAAGGCACGUGCCGUCCGUAAGCCUAUAGUGCGAUAUAUCCAACUCGUGGAGAACGAGGAAAUGAUCGGAGCGUUAAUCGAGACGAACGAGCGCAUUAUCACCGCCCUGCAAAUGUAUGUCAAUCUUUCAGCUCCCGGUCAGACGACGCCGUUGGAUCCUACAGCGAAUAUACAAGCCGCAAUGGCGGCGACGCAUCUCAGCACAAAUAGUACAGGCGAGCUGUCGGUUCAACAACGAGCAGCUGUAGAACAAUACAAGCAGCAGCUACACGACUAUGAGGAGCAAGAAAGCCGCGGGAAUUAUAUCCACGAAGAUCUUCAGGAUCUAUCGUUCGGGUCUCUGGGUAAUGAAGAGGGGAAAUUACCCCCACCCAUGAGACCAACCGCACAUCGUAACAUUUCACCGGAUUCGGAGUGGGAUCAGGGUAGGGGAAGUCUCUCUGAUUUCAGCGACUACGAGAGCGAGGAAGAGGAACAACCGAGGAACGUCGCACAUCAAACUGCGGCGUCUUCAAGCAUGCGACAAUCAGAAAGAAUCGUGGAUGACGAGGACCCAUUCGCGGAUCCAUUUGCAGAUUGAUAUCGAGCUAUACCUGGAGGGAUCGCCAUAGGGUAGGCAAUAUAUCUUAUGUACAUGUAGUCAAUCUCUUGCCAUCUCUUGUAAUAACAGGUCCAGCCAGCUUCUUGUUGGAAUUAUAUGAUGA